GAAAAAGAUAGUUUUAAUUUAAACUUCGUAAAGAAAACAUUACUAGUGUAACUACAGGCAUAAGAAACAUUUAAAACGAUUAAAAUGUAUUUUAAGAGUUUGCUGAUAUUUUUACAAAUUGUCUGCGUAAUUCAACAAAUAGAUAUGCAACAAGUUGGAAGCUAUUAUCAUUAUCCCACCAAUAAUCAUACCAUCUCAUUGACCACCAUAGAACGUCUGGAGACUUAUCCAAAUGGUUGUUACAAACAACGAAUAAGAUCACCAGAUCUCUCGAAUACCACCAGAUUUUUUGAAACUGAAGAAUUUAUAUGUCCACCCGGGGUCAAUGUUACCUUCAUACCAACCAAUACGACACAAAAUAUUACAACUGCACACACCUAUAAUCCACAAAUAAGACCUGCUCAUACUGCUCCCAUUGGUUUUAUGUCAUCAUCACCACCAGCUCAUUCUGCACCAUAUGCUCCAAAUCCCGUUGUUAUACAAUCACCCCAAAACAUUCCACAUACUGGACAGCAGCAACCAUUUUCACCAGCAGGUAUUCCUUCGAAUACUACAUCACAAGUUGUAGUUCUUUCUAAGAAAACUGGCUUAUAUGACCAUGAUAAGAACCACAGAAAAAGUUCUGCAAAUUCUUUGUACAAUAUUAAUUGCAUUUUUGUGUUUUGUGUGUUUUUAGUAAUAAUUUACAAUUUCAAUUAAACUCGUUUACGUCAACAUAUCGAUGACAUUGUAACGAUGUGUUGUAUGAGUAAGUGAUUUUAAUUGUACAUAACUUUUGGAACAAUUGUCACAUACAUAUGCAUGUGGAAAUAAAUGAAAGUUUUGUUUAACCUA